GUUUCAUUCUCUCUCUCUCUCUCUCUCUCUCUCUCUCUCUUCUUUGGAAAUUCAAAUCCUCUUCAUUCACUCAACGCCCAACCAUUCUAAAAAAACCAUAACCCGUGCUCUCAACAGUCAAAUUCUCAAAAUGUUAAUCCUCCUGCUCCUCCUCUCAUCAAAUUCAUACCUAAUGCCCUCGAAAGAUAUCCAAUCUUUAUAUUCAAUUCCUCUCAUAAUUAAAUUCAUUGAUAGAAUCAAUUGAAGCAAUUGCCAGAUAACUUUAUAUAUUUUCAGGUAUAAUUGCUUUAAAAUGUCUAAGGUCCAAAACAAUCCAAUUUCGCAAGUGGAAACAACAUCUCUUCUAUAUGAACUCCAGAUAAUAUGGGAUGAAGUUGGGGAGUCUGAAGUUGAGAGGGAUAAAAUUUUGCUUGAGCUUGAACAAGAAAUUCUAGAAGUACACAGAAAAAAGGUAGAUCAGGCAAAUCGAAGUAGAGCUCAGUUAAGACAAGAAAUUGCUGAUUUUGAAGCAGAGCUCGCAGAUAUUUGCUCUGCAAUGGGGGAGAGACCGGUGCAUAUCAGGCAGUCUAAUCAAAGCCUUGGAAGCUUGAAGGAAGAGGUCAGAGCUAUUCUUCCACAACUAGAGGAGAUGCGGAAUAGGAAAUGUGACAGAAGGAAUCAACUUGUUGAGGUUCUAGAUCAAAUUCAGAAGUUGUCAAAUGAGAUAAAUAUGUCUUGUGAGUACAUUCCGCCAUGCAUAGUUGUAGACGAAACUGAUUUGUCUUUAAGAAAGCUUGAAGAAUUGCACAGAGAGCUUAUGGCACUUCAAAAGGAAAAGAGUGAUCGCUUGAAGCAUGUCUUGGACCUCCUGAAUACUUUGAACUCACUAUGCUUGGUCCUUGGUAUAGAUUUCAAGGAAACAGUUAAUGAGGUUCAUCAUAGUUUAGGUAAUAAUUCUGAAGGAACGACAAACAUAAGUAAUGAUACUAUUGAGCAGUUGGGAAUCGUAAUACAACGAUUGAGAAAGGUUAAAAUACAGAGGAUGCAACAGCUCCAAGAUCUUGCAACUUCCUUGUUGGAGCUUUGGAACUUGAUGGACACACCAAUUGAAGAGCAACAGAUGUUUCAGAACGUUACCCGUAACAUAGCUGCUUCAGAACACGAGAUAACGGAGCCCAACAUGCUUUCUUUGGACUCCAUCAAUAAUGUUGAGGCAGAAGUUUGUCGGCUGGAAGAGUUGAAAUCGAGCAAAAUGAAAGAACUUGUUUUGAAGAAAAGGUCAGAGCUAGAGGAGAUUUUUCGGAAUACACAUGUGAAUCCAGAAUCAAAUAGUGCAUUGGAAAUUGCUAUUGAAGCUAUUGAGUCAGGGACUGUGGACUCUGCUUUUGUCCUUGAACAAAUUGAGCUUCAAAUUGCUAAAGUGAAAGAGGAAGCCUUUAGUAGAAAAGAUAUACUUGAAAAGGUUGAGAAAUGGUUGGCUACAUGUGAGGAGGAAUGUUGGCUUGAUGAGUAUAACAUGGAUGAAAAUCGAUACAAUGCUGGAAGAGGUGCUCAUCUUACUUUAAAGCGUGCUCAGAAAGCUCGAGCUUUAGUUAACAAACUUCCAGGAAUGGUGGAGGCAUUGGUUUCGAAAACCACAUCAUGGGAAAGCGAGAGAGGCAUUGAGUUCACUUAUGAUGGUAUUCGUCUUCUUUCUAAGCUUGAAGAAUAUACCAUUUCACGACAAGAGAAAGAGCAAGAGCGCAAGAGGCAGAGGGACCAGAAGAAAUUUCAGGGGCAUUUAAUGGCAGAAUGUUCAAAACCAAGUAGUCCUAUGAAGCUCCAAGGUGGGAAAAAGGAUCUUAGAUUUUCACUGAGCAAUAAACGACUCACAGUUGGAGGAAAAUCUGAUCCUAAUACACCACGCCAAGCCAAGAAGAAUGAUCGUUUGCUCCCAAAUGACCAGUUAAAUCAACCCCAAGAUGAUGAAUCUGUAACUUCAUCAAAUGUAAACACUCAUGAAGUAGAGUCACCCAUGAAGCGAAAACCCUUCAUACUCAUCUCUUCCAAAGAAUCAUCUAAGUCUAACACAACAAAUGAAACAGAAGAUUGGACUAGAAAUCAAAAUGACACGUCACAAAAGAAUACACUUCGAAGCAACAAUACAAAAGAAGAAGAGAAUAUGACUCCUAAAGUAAUGCCAAGUACCGAGCCAAUUGAAGAGGUUUCAGAAGAUAUCGAAUACUCCUUUGAAGAAAGAAGAGCCGAUUUUGUACUUCCUAGAACACAUACAACAUCUAAAGACAAUAACACAAGUGCGAUUUAUCAAUGACUUAAGGUGAUCUUGAGUCUCAUAUUAGUGUCAUUGCAUUCUUUGUUCUUUUUAUUCUUCUGGGUUAUGUGAUUGGUGAGUCAAUUUUCAUUGGCUUCUCUAAUUUGUACAUACAUAGUUUAUGAGUUCUGAACAUGAGCUAACUUUCGUUUGUCAUAUUUUUUUGGGGAUCAAUGUGAGCUAUCUUCAAAUUUUGAUUUGAU